AGCUCUACCAUUCCUGUGGUUGCCAAAUUUGACUCGAGACGAUUCCUCCUCCAUCCUUCUCGUUUCCUUCCUUCCAAAUAUGUGUGCCUAAUUUGAUUCGAGAAGAUUCCUCCUUCCUUCUCGUUUCCUUCCUUCCAAUUGCUUUCUCUCUCUUUCUUUAUAUCGAUCUCUUCCUCUUUCCCAAUUGCUCCACACCAUACUACAUACUGUUGAAGUUUUUAUGAGAAUUUUGAGAGCUUAAUUUACGUGAUUUCUGAAUGAUACGAAACCGUUCAGUUCGCAGGAUCGGUAGAGAAGAACAUGUCUAUAGUUAAUUAGUACAAACAUAACAAAAUCGACGAUCUUGGUCGUCAUUAACUGCAUCGAUCUGUUGCUAUUUCGCGACCAAGGUUGGUCAAGAAGAACAUGUCUAUCUGAAAAAAAACAUGCUGAUCGGAUGUCGUAGCUCAAUCUCUGAGUUCUACGAUGGCUUCCUCUUCGAAUUCUGAAUUCAAACGUAGUUAUGACAUUUCCUUGAGCAUUAGGGGGGGCUUAGACACCCGUACACAAUUCACCGAAUUCAAAUGUAGUUAUGACAUUUUCUUGAGCUUUAGGGGCUUAGACACCCGUACAAAAUUCACUGAUCACCUCUACGAGGCUUUGAAGCGAGAGGGGUUUGAAACAUUUAGGGACAAUGAAGGGAUUGAGAGGGGUGAGAACAUCUACUCUGAGUUGCAGAAAGCAAUUUGGAACUCCAGCAUGUCGGUGAUCGUGUUAUCGAAAACAUAUGCCACUUCGAAAUCGUGCCUGUUUGAAAUCCAGACGAUUCUCGAACACCGUAAGAAGAAUGCAGAUCAUGUUAUUUUGCCCGUGUUCUAUGAGGUGGAGCCGUUGGAAAUUAGGGAGCAAGCAAAAAAAUUGGAUUUCGGAGAAAAGAAAGUGACGGUUGAGGAAGUGGAGGGAUGGAGUGCGGCGCUUAAGGAGGUUUCGAGUAUGGGAGGGAUGGUUUACGGAAAUCAAUCUAACAGGUCUGAAGUCAAGUUCAUUGAGGAAAUUAUUGGUGUACUCAAAGUCAAGCAAGCUGACAAGCACCUGAGGGAUCUUGACGAAAACAUGCAAAAUCUCAAGAGAAAGGUAGAGUACUUGAGCGGUCAAGAGAAUGACAUAAAUUCACAAAUUAGCAAUGCGGAGCGUCGGCCAGGGAAAAGACCAAAGAAAGAAGUUGAAGUUUGGCUCAAAAAUGUGCAACAGUUUAAAGACAGCGCGCAAAGGCUUGAGCAAGAAGUAGUUGAAGAAACAACGAAUGUCUCCUUGCGUAUGCAGUUGGGAAAGGAUAUCGCCAAGAAGAUUCUAGAGGUGCAAGAACUCCAGAAAAAGGGCAGUGAUUUUAAUAGUUUGAUGAUUGAUGAAGAUACAACUGGGAGACUGUUGCAACCACUAACGGAAGAUUUUGUUAAAUGCACAAAGGCAAGGAACACAGAGAACAUUUGGGAAUGCGUGACGAAUGAUGAUGUUACAAGGAUUGGUGUUUAUGGAAUGGGGGGCAUUGGCAAAACAACCAUCAUGAAGCACAUUCACAAUCAGCUCCUAGAAGAAAAAGACAAGUUUGAUAAUGUGUAUUGGGUCACUGUAUCUAAAGCAUUCGAUAUUACAAAGCUACAGAGCGACAUAGCUAAGGCUCUAGAUCUUCCUCUUAGGGAGGAUGAGGAAGUGACAAAAAGAGCUACAAAAUUACAUGCAGUGCUCGACCGACUAAAAAGGUACAUCCUUAUCUUAGAUGAUGUAUGGGAGCCAUUUGAUCUGGACAGCGUGGGUAUUCCAGAACCGAAGAGAUCUAACGGGUGUAAACUUGUGCUAACUACACGAUCAUCAGAAGUGUGUAGAAGGAUGAAGUGUACACCGGUAAGAAUGGGUCUUUUCACAGAGGACGAAACACUGACUCUAUUUCUUACCAAGGCCAUUGGACAUGACACGGUGCUUGCUCCAGAAGUGGAAGAAAUCGCAGCCAAAAUUGCCAAAGAAUGUGCUCGUCUUCCGCUUGCAGUUGUUACAGUAACUGGAAGUUUGAGGGGCUUGGAAGGAAUCCAUGAGUGGAGAAAUGCAUUAAAUGAAUUGAUUAGAUCAACGAAAGAAGCCAACAAUGGUAAAACUAAGGUUUUCGAGAUACUGAAAUUUAGUUAUGAUCGCCUAGGAAGUAAGGUGCUCCAGGAUUGUUUCUUAUAUUGUUCCUUGUAUCCUCAAGACCGUUUCAUCCCUGUAAAUGAGCUGAUAGAGUAUUGGAUUGCGGAGGAAUUAAUCGCUGAUAUGGACAGUGUAGAAGAACAGUUUGACAAGGGUCACGCUAUAUUGGGAAAACUAAAGAGUAGCUGCUUAUUGGAGAGUGUUGCUGACAUACAAAAAAUGAUGGAAUACGUUAAGCUGCAUGAUUCGAUCAGAGAUAUGGCUCUUAGAAUAACAGCAAGUAGUCCUCGAUUCUUGGUAAAUGCUGGUGAGACAAAAAAAAGGGUACCAUGUGAACACUGGUCUAAGGAUCUUGAGAGGAUUUCCUUCAUGUAUAGUUUGAUAAUUAAACUUCCAAUUGCACCACCUGUCUGCCCUCGGCUUACCACCUUACUUUUGAACGGCGCAUAUUCCAACGGGUUAGAAGGGAUUCCAGAUUCUUUCUUCACCAAUAUGCCUUGUCUUGAGGUAUUGGAUUUGUCCCGGAGCAAAAUAACGUCGCUGCCAGAGUCCAUCUCCAACUUGGAGAAUUUGCAUGCAUUAAAAUUGAAUGACUGUAGCCACUUAAAGUAUGUGCCGUCACUGAAGAAACUGAAGGCUCUGAAAAUGUUUAUACUGACUUGUAGCCAAAUUGAAGAAUUACCGGAAGGUAUAGAAAAAUUGGUAAAUCUAAGAAAACUCAACCUCUCAAGUAAUUUUUCAAUACGAAAGACGGUUCAUCGCUGGAUGUUACACAGGCUCUCAAAACUCCAAUACCUUAGAAUUGAUGGGACAGGAAUAGAAUUGUCAGCAGAAGAUCUCUUGUGCUUCAGUCAAUUAAAAGUUGUCGCUGUCAAGUUUCACAAUGUACAGGAGCUUAUCAGGUAUGCGAUGUCUCAACAGUUCCAAGGGUUGCAGAAGUACGGUCUUAUAGUGGGAAAAUAUUGUUGGUGCAAAUCAAAUCUAGGAAAAGAGGUUUGGAUCUGUGACAUAUCUAAACAUUUUGGAAGUAUGACAGAUCUGCCAAUGCUCCCAGCAGGGAUAGAGUCCUUUGUGCUUGAUGGAUUUCACGAUCUCGUUAGCUUAUCAAAUAUUCCAUGGUUGAAAGAUGCCAAAGAUUUACGUAAAUGUAAAGUCAAAUGUUGUAACAGGUUAGAAUCCAUCUUUUCUUCAUCAAGCUUUUCAGAAGAUGGCCAAAUCUCUCUGGGAACCGUCGAGUCAUUUUGUUUGUCAAAUUUACCCAGACUUAGGGUACUCUUAGAUGGGAUUGCCCCACCACACAACAUUUACUUCAACCUAAAAGAAUUGGACUUCAGUAGAUGUCACGCUUUGAAGAAUAUCUUUCCUGUCCAGUUAUUGCAGAACUUCCCAAACCUCGAGAGACUUUCCGUGAUGUUAUGUAAGAAUGUGGAGGAUAUGAUAGUCGAAAUCGCAGAGAUGAGUGAUUGGGGCAAUCAUCAAGAUUACAGCAACUCAAUCAGUCUCCCAAAACUCAAGAUCUUAGAACUAAGUGACAUACCAAGACUGAAGAGCAUAUAUAAUGGCGUGAUGGUUUGUCCAUCUAUAGAAGAAGUUCAGAUACGCGAUUGCAACCUGGUAAGCAGACUGCCUAUUUCGCUGCAUAUGGAUGGCGAGCAAGCAACAGCACCACCUGCUCUCAAGUUCAUUGCGGGAAAAGAAGAAUGGUGGGAGUCUCUGGAAUGGGAUGAUCCCCUCGCCAAAACAAUUCUUCAGCCUUAUUUUAUGUCAGGUAUAUAUCAUCACUAUGUCGUGUCUGAUUUGAAAUAUGGGUAG